UCGGCCGCGCUGUAUUGUCAUAAAUAGAGCCGGUUUUGUGGUGUUUUCACUACUCAGUUGGAUGCCUCGGCCGUAGUGAGUGAGAGGGUGAGCGAGCAGGCGAGCUGUAAGGACCGGAGGAAAGUGGACAGGAGGGAGAAGGAAAGAGCAAGAACAGGACUCCAGAGCGAAAGACACUCGCUGGGGAAGGAGACGCGACGCAGGAAGCGAUGAAAGAGAUGUCUGCAAACACCAUGCUGGACAGCCAGCGUCAACAGAAGCAUUAUGGAAUCACUUCUCCAAUUAGCUUGGCAUGUCCUAAAGAAAUUGAUCAUAUUUACACACAGAAAUUAAUUGAUGCCAUGAAGCCAUUUGGAGUGUUUGAAGAUGAGGAAGAAUUGAACCACAGGCUGGUUGUUCUUGGUAAAUUGAACAAUUUAGUGAAAGAAUGGAUUUCCGAUGUCAGUGAGAGUAAGAAUCUCCCACCUUCUGUUGUUGCUACUGUUGGUGGUAAAAUUUUCACGUUCGGCUCCUAUAGGCUUGGAGUACACACGAAAGGAGCUGACAUUGAUGCACUUUGUGUAGCUCCAAGACAUGUGGAGAGAUCUGAUUUUUUUCAGUCUUUUUUUGAAAAAUUGAAACAUCAAGAUGGCAUUAGAAAUUUAAGAGCUGUAGAAGAUGCUUUUGUACCUGUUAUAAAAUUUGAAUUUGAUGGAAUUGAAAUUGAUCUAGUCUUUGCAAGACUGGCAAUACAAACCAUAUCAGAUAAUUUAGAUCUAAGAGAUGACUCGCGACUGAGAAGCCUUGAUAUAAGGUGUAUUCGCAGCCUAAAUGGAUGUAGAGUUACUGAUGAAAUAUUGCAUUUAGUGCCAAAUAAAGAAACUUUUAGACUCACCCUAAGAGCAGUCAAAUUAUGGGCAAAACGACGUGGUAUCUAUUCCAACAUGCUGGGAUUCCUUGGUGGUGUCUCCUGGGCAAUGCUAGUUGCAAGAACUUGCCAACUAUAUCCAAAUGCAGCAGCUUCUACUUUAGUUCAUAAGUUCUUUUUAGUUUUUUCCAAGUGGGAAUGGCCAAAUCCUGUGCUGCUGAAGCAACCAGAAGAAAGCAAUUUGAAUUUGCCUGUUUGGGAUCCUCGGGUAAAUCCAUCAGAUAGGUAUCAUCUCAUGCCCAUAAUCACCCCUGCCUACCCACAACAGAAUUCUACGUAUAAUGUGUCCACAUCAACUCGAACAGUAAUGGUAGAAGAAUUUAAACAAGGUCUUGCAGUCACAGAUGAAAUUCUUCAAGGGAAAUCAGAUUGGUCCAAACUACUUGAGCCACCAAAUUUUUUUCAAAAGUACAGACAUUAUAUAGUAUUAACUGCCAGUGCAUCAACAGAAGAAAACCAUCUGGAGUGGGUUGGAUUAGUAGAAUCUAAAAUCCGUGUACUUGUUGGAAACUUGGAACGGAAUGAAUUUAUUACUCUUGCCCAUGUAAAUCCUCAGUCAUUCCCAGGAAAUAAGGAACAUCAUAAAGACAACAAUUACGUAUCAAUGUGGUUCCUUGGAAUAAUUUUUCGGAGAGUAGAAAAUGCAGAAAGUGUUAACAUAGACUUGACAUAUGAUAUACAGUCAUUUACUGAUACAGUGUACAGACAGGCAAACAAUAUAAACAUGCUAAAGGAAGGAAUGAAAAUUGAAGCAACUCAUGUUAAAAAAAAACAACUUCAUCACUACCUUCCAGCAGAGAUUCUUCAAAAGAAGAAAAAGCAAAGUCUUUCUGAUGUCAGUCGAAGUUCGGGUGGACCUCAAUCCAAAAGAUCGUCUCUGGAUAGCAGUUGUUUGGAUAGCUCCAGAGACACCGAUAAUGGAACACCUUUUAAUUCUCCAGUGUCUACAAACAAACCUUCCAAGCCUGAUAUUCCUCCUUCAGGAGAAACAGACAGGAAUAAUGCUGAGCCUGCUGCCGUAAUUGUGGAAAAGCCACUGAGUAUCCCGCCAGCUCAAGGACUAUCUAUUCCAGUCAUUGGUGCAAAAGUUGACUCUCCAGUAAAAGCUGUAUCACCCCCAGCUGUGUGCACAAUUCCUACUGUAGUAGGACGAAAUGUCAUUCCUAGAAUCACAACACCCCACAACCCUGCCCAGGGACAACCACAUCUAAAUGGAAUGUCAAAUAAUAUAGCUAAGAAUGUUACACCCAAGAGAUCCCAUUCCCCAUCCAUAGAUGGGUCUUCCAAGAGGUUGAAAGACAUAGAAAAGUUUAUUCGACUUGAGUCAACAUUUAAGGAAUCACGUGCUGCUGAAGACAGAAAAAGAAAAUCAAUGGAUACCAUUGGAGGAGAAUGUAUGCCUAUUCCAACUAUUGAUACAUCACGCAAAAAGAGACUACCCAGUAAAGAACUACCAGAUUCAUCAUCUCCAGUUCCAGCAAAUAACAUCCGUGUCAUCAAAAAUUCCAUUCGACUGACCCUUAAUCGGUAAAAGCAGUGCCUCCUUACUUAAGUGAAUAUGCAAUCAUUUAGUGGCAUACAUGCAGCCACUUUUUAAAAUAGAAGUGGCUGCCAUACAUAAAAUAAGGUGAAAGUUACAGUCAUCAGCCUAACGACCUUGAAGUGGUUUUUGAACUCUCACACUUUGACCUGCAGAUGCUGUAGCAUUCUCUCACUGAUUGCUACAUACACCUCUCUGAGGAUCACCUGCUAUCAAAUUGUCAUCUACAAAUCUACAAUAGUAUGGCUUUGCGUUGGAGGUUUUACUGCCUUAACUUUCGAUGCUUGUUUCUCUGUUAUGGGAACCAGUUCUUGGCUCUUCGGACACUUGAUAAAACAAGUCCUGAACUCCUUUUUUUUUUUUUUUUUUUUUAAGUCUUACGUUGUAAUCAUUGUAUAGAACUGAAAAAGUUGAAAACAAAAAAAAAAUUGUCUUGUAAUUUUCCAAAUGUUAACACAUUUACUUUAGCAUUGAAGCCACUUUGUGAAACCUGAGAUAAAUGAAUGUGAGGUAUCUUUUUGCCUUUCUUCAUUUGUGUAGAUGUACUUAUUGUCUGUUCUGUUGAUUUAAAUUAUUUUUCUCCAGAUCGGCACAUGGAAUAUUUAAUUUUUUAUUUUUUUGUGCCUUUCUGUCCAAAUGUUGCAUAGUUACCAGGGAGGAUUAGUCCAGUGAUUACAUAAGAGUUGGGCACCAUAAAUUCUCUAUAUUUUGCCUCCUGUGGAGGCCUUCAAAGUGCAUCUUUAUUAAGAAUCAAAAUAUAACCAGGAUACUGAAAGUCAGUAUAUGAAUGGUGAAAUUGUUACAUAUCCUAUCUCAUGCCAUACUUGUUAGUUGACUGGUAUUUUUUACUGAGGAGCAACUCAUUCCGGCAUCAACAAUAAGAUACCUUUAAGUAUGGCAAACUUGUAAUUCUGAGGUGUAAAAUUAACUUGGCAUGAUAAUUCCUGAUCGUUACCCCACAACUUCAAACAGUUUCUUCAUGGACUAGGCAUGCAGAAAUAAGUAGUGGAUUUUAUUGAAACCUAAAGGCAUUUUUGAAUGACAUUGUUACCAACCAUUAAUUGGCUCAGGACCUUUGUAAUUUUUAUUUAACUACAUAAGUUGUCUUUUUUUACACUGCUUUUUUCAAUGCAUUUCUUAAUAUUUUUUAAGUUUCAUGAAUGCAUGCUCAGUUUAUUAAAAUCCAUAACCAUGUAAUUCUUGUAAUAUGUUGAUUCAGUGUUUUGUAAAUGAAGUCGUAUGUAUUUUCAGAGUAUUUUUGUAUGUACUGUAAGAUACCAUCUUUUCAAAGAGAAAACUUUAAAACCUUUACUGUCUCUCUUUAAUUUUUUAAAUAUGGAUUAUGCUUGAAUUAUUCUUAAAAUGAAAAUGUAUAGAUUGCACAACCAGGAAUGCUGGUAUAUGUUACCUUUUUCAGCUUUCACUCAGCAUUUAGUAGGUCCAGUAGGAAAACACAAAAUGGUACAUUUGAAUGGUAGAGGGAAAAUACUUUGUUGUGUAUUUUAUAGGACUCAUGGGACACCAUUUAGCCAGUGGAGUAAUAGUCCAUUUUCUCUUGCAAGCCCUUUACCAUUGAGUUGAAAUACUUGAAUUCUGAUUGUCAGAGAGUAGUAUCUUUUUCCCACUCCUGUUCCCUGACCCUUGGGUCUCUGAAAUCGAAAUUAUAGUGUUUAACUUUUACAGGAAAAUUUCUUAAAAGUAAAGAAGAGCAAGGAAAAUAUAAUAGUUGUUCCAUUAUUCACUUUUUACAUAGCAAAAGACAAAAAUGAAAUCCUGUAACCAAGUUGUAGCUUCCUUGGCAAAGCUGUUCUCCUAGCUGACCCUUUUCCUUUAUUCAGAUAUUUUGAGCUUUGUUCUACAAAUACUCUGUUUAAGCAAAAGUAAAUGAUUAUGAAAAGAAUGAAUAAUUGUCACCUGACUUCAAACUGAAAAAUUCUUUAGUAAGGGAUUUGAUUAAAAUUUAUAUAUGAUGUGUUUACAUUUCUGUAUUUAAUAUCCAGCUGUUAUCCCCUUCUAUUAUCAGUCUUCAAAGUCUCUUUAAGAAUUCCCUAUGUAUCCAUGCUUACCCUGUUAUAUAAACAGAUUCUUCGGUGUGACUAAUGAAGUUUUUCUUUAACAAGAAGGCAACUAUAGUGUUGUCAUUUCUGUUGUUUUAAGGCUCCGUUUAACAUAAGGUUAAAACACAGCCAAUGGUUCAACAUUAGACUCCUCAAAGAACGCAUUCUUCAACCUGUUUGGUAACUGGGGAGUUAUCAAGCCUCAUGAUGAGAUGCUUUUGAGAUGGUGGGUUUGGUCAGAAAUGAAGUGUUUUCUAUCCUGUACAGUAGGUAGAAAGUGCAGUAUAUUCUGUUACCAUAGUAGGAGACCUCCGUUGUACUGGUUCCAAGUAAGUAAAAGGGGAAGGUAUGGUCUGGGAUCAUAUGUUAUGUUCAGAGACAAGAAGUAGAUGUGUUUGGUUUCAAGUGUGAAACUAAACCUAGAAUGUUUUAUGAAGUCAAAUAACCUGUUCUUCAAUAUGUAGACACAUGUUUAUUUUCCCAAGGGUAUUAAAUUUUUAAUCUGUUCCUUUUUCAGUGACUGGCUCUGAAGAAUAGUAUAUAUCAAAGGAAAACAUUUUAUCUGCUAGUUUAAACCUUAGGGACUUAACUUAUUUAAGAGAUAGGGUACAUGGCUUAAAACCUUAUAAAAUUGGGGCAGAAGAAUGAAUUUUAAGACUAUGUUGGUGCUUGUAAUGAGAGUAACUUUGUCUUAAGGCAACAAUUUAGUAACACUAAAACGUUUACUCUAGUAGCAGAUGUUGCUGCUAUAGUGAGGAUGGGCUGUGUUGAAAUGGGCUAAAUUUAUUUUGCACUGUGUCCCACAGCUUUGAAGUAGGAAUUCCUACCUUAGGGAUCAUGGACUCGAGGGAAUCCUUUGCAGAUGUAUAUAAGAAGUGUUUGUUUAUAUGCAUUUUUCUGGGGGAAAGUUCACAGUUUUCAUCAGCUUCUCAAAGUGGUUCAUGAGCCUAAAAAAAAGAAAAGGGUUAGGAACCACAGCUUUCCAGGAUUGAAUAAUCCCAGACUCUGGAAUUUUUUCAUAAAGUUUCUCUGGUAUAUUUCUGAAGAUGUACUAUGGCUCUUAACUAGUAAAGUGGGCUGAUGGAGGACUCUGGAACACAAAAUUUCUCUCCAAGUUUCUUUAUAUAUUUCAGAUGAAACAUCAGUAUUUAGAAAAAUGCUUACUAUUGGAUUUAUAAAUGUUGUCCUGUUAACUUAGAUUGAUUAACAGGGUCAAACUUUAGUUCAACAAAUUUCAAACUGAUUGAUCAGAGUAGAAUAGCUUAGAAUGAUCAUUAGAAAUGGUAAAAAAAAAAAAAAAAAAACAUUAAAGAUCCUAGUCGUUUGAUUUCAGUAGCAUUAAAGUUCUCUCUUGUUCCUCCAUGUUUGUGGUUCAGACCAGAACAGACUGAGCAGACCAAUAAAUAGAACUUUAGUUUAAGAAAAAAGAAUUUUAUAAAUAAAAUUGUGUGCGUGUUUAAAUAAAUAACUACCUAUUAAAUAAUUUUCCAAAGCUUAAAAUUUAGCUCAUGAUGAUAGUGAUAAAUCAUGCAGAUGAUGGAAGACAACCGGUCUCAAUAAUGGUAACUAUUUCCUUAGGAUUUUUAAAAAGAAUUGUGCAAGAUCAGAUGCUUCCCAAAUUCCCUAUUUUUUCUGAAAUAAUUUUUCUGAUAUAAUUUUGUAUUUGAAGUUAGUUGAACAUAAGAUUAUCAGGCUUGCUAUAAUUUUUAAGCUGUUGCUGCAUUUUAGCAAAGACCCACGUAAUUACCUUAUAAAGUACUUAGGAUAUCUUUGAGGUAAAUGGUGCUACGUCACUCCACAGUAUUAUGUAAAAUGAAUGCAGCUGCUGUUCCUUUCUAGCUAGCUGUUGUGUAGUUCAUAUUAAUUUUUCCUGCCUUUUAUUUGGAUUGUCUUAUUUCUUAGUUGUACACAUGAGCCUCAUUACUUGUCUGGAAUAAGUACUCAAAUAAACUUGCUUUGAUAAAUAGC